AUGGUGUUUCGGAGGAGGAGAAGGAUUAGGUCGGCGCCUGCGCGUAUGAUUGCGAGCCGUCGGUUGGGCAGAGGAAAACUGUCGGUGACGGAAAAUCGCAGAUCCCAAAGGAGAGGCGACAACUGGCAAUUGUACUGUUACUGCAACACACAACCUGCGUCAGCACAGGCUGUUGGUGCGAGCUCCUCGGACCCCGUUUGGAAUCAGGCAGCGUGCGCCGCCUCGCAGGGCGCGCGCGAAACGAGUCGGGAAAUCUGA